AUGGCUCAGUCGCAGCACCUCACUCUCGUUGAAUCUAGCAACGCCAAAACCAAGGCCUUCAUCAUCGUUGGCGGCGGCGUCUUUGGCUUGUCGACCGUCCUCUGGCUGCUCGCCCGUCAUCCCGAUUGCACCAUCAUCCUCAUUGACCCUACAGAGUUCUCCAACCCCAAGGCCGCCUCUCAUGACAUUUCCAAGAUCCUGAGAGAUGACUAUCCAAACAUGUCCUACGCGCCCUUGGCCAUAGAGGCUAUGAACCAUUGGAGAACCGAUGGCCUCUUCAAAGACUUUUACCAUGAGGUCGGCGUGCUUCGUGCGGACCCUGGCAGCCACAACGAAAAGGCCCAGAGUACGCAUCGCAGUCUCGGUCACGAAUCCGGAGCCACCUGGAUGGCUCCCGACAAGGUGCGAACUGCGUGGCCUGCUUUCGCCACGACCGACUUUCAGGGGCUUGACCGCGUCAGGUAUAACCCCAACUGCGGCUGGGUUGACGCCGCCGACUCUCUCGAAGCCGUUCGUCAGCAUGUAGUCAAUGCCGGAGCGACCCUCGUGGUCGGCGAGGUCACCACCUUGCUGUUCGACACCGCCGGCGGAUGCACGGGCGUCAGGCUGGGCAACGGCGACGAGCUGAACGGCACGGUUGUGCUCUGCACCGGUGCCCGUACCGCUGCCCUGCUCGCCGAGAGUGCCCCUGAACGGAAAGACAUACACGCCGCUCACAGACUGGCCGCCACCGGCGCCGUCAGCUUCACCCUUAAGGCUGAAGGGGACCAAAAGGACAAGUUCAGGGGCAUCCCCGCCCUCAAGAACACCCUGCCCUCAGUCAAAGGCGAGUCCAUGUCAAUGACACCGGACGGCACACUCAAGUUCAACUGUGACAUGGCCUUCUCGUACAACCAGUUCCACGCCCCUACCGGCACCACCAUGUCUUUAGCACCCACGGUCCCCCACCUUACUGAGUGGACAACCGAGGAGCACAUUCCCCGUCAUCUGAAGGACCGGGCCUACGAAACCCUCAAAGGCCUGUACGGAGAUGAGAUGGAGGGGAGGACGAUUGACAAGUACCGAAUCUGCUGGGACACGACGACGCCUGAGCACGAUUUCCUCAUCACCCCCCACUCUCAAUGCAGGCAUCUCUUCAUCGCAACCGGCGGCUCCUUCCACGGCUGGAAGUUCUUCCCCGUCAUUGGCAAGUACGUCGUCCAGAUGCUGUACGGCGAGCUGGAGCCCCAGUACGCCGCCAUCUGGGGCUGGGACCGCAAGGCUGGCGGCCAAGUGGCCAACGCGACAUAUAGCACCGAGGGUGACCUAGGCGAAUGGAUCAGGGAGGAUGAGAAGCAGUAG